CUGUCAGUAGCCCAGCGAUGAGCAGCGUUACAGGGAAGGAGGCGCAUGUGGAGGCGAGGGCUGGAACUCACUGUCCGGAAGUGGGUUGCAACUGUAGGAGAAAGAUAAAGCGAAAUGGAGAUUGAGAGGGCCGGACUGGUUGCAAUAGAGGCGUGCUAGCAACAAUAACAGAACUGACAUGUGAUAUCCACGUAUCCCUGAUUUUCAGUUUUUAGCAUUGGUCCCUUUCCGAAUAAGCAUCGUUGGGGCCUACAAAAUACAUCAGCUAUUUUCAUCCGGAUCCAAUCGCUGCUUGGGGCUAGAAUGGAGGGUACGGUGCCACAAGCUUUCAUCCCUGGGGUUUCUGAGAUAUGGUUCGCCGCGUUGCUGAUGCUAUUUGCAGCUUCCCUCAUCACUGUGAUGGCCUGGCUGCUGCAGGUUACGCGGGGACGCCCUGCUCCUGCUUAUCCCGGGGCCCUGGGCCUUCUUACCGCCCUCUUUGCUUUCCCCUCAGUUAGAGAGAGCUGGAGCAGAGCUUGGGCCAAAGCCCUAAACAGCGAGGCGGCCCGAAAUCAGAGUUCACUACAGGUGUUGUUUGAAGAAAGCACAUAUCUACAGCCCAAUACACACAUCAGCCAUGUCUCCUGCACAGAACAUUCAGACAGCAGUAUGGUAUUCCUCUGCACCUUUUCUGCAGAUCCAAUCAGAUUCCCAGUCUCUGUUACCCAGGAAUCCCCUGCAGCUGUUUCUAUGAAUACGUAUCAAGUCUUACUAACGUUACAUCAAGCGCAGAUUGAGGUCCGACUAGAGGAGUUACCACAAGAGGGACUUCUUGUAUCAUGGGGGUUUAAAGAGCACCCUGAUAUCACUUUGCAAGUGACUCCCAGACAAUCACUGCAGAGUAAUGAGGGUGGUGCAGAACUGUGUACAUUACAAGACUUAAUAAAAGAUGCCCUGCUUAGUGCACAGCCAGCCAUGGUUUUUAACCUAAAGGCCCAUGAUGGUGAUAUGGGCCUCUGUGACCGGCUUCUCAAGGGGUCUCCAUGUGGGGCAGAAAGUCCAAGACUUCUUAUUCGCCAGAUAUGUUUAGAGAAUAUCACUGUAGCUGAUGACAAAGAGGUGGAGCUAGGAUGUGAGGCAGAAUUGGAUGCUCCUUUGCAGAGAAGAGAGAUCCGGAGUAUCAGGAAACAAAAAGAGGGAGAAACAUGCAACCACUCUUGGAAUGAUGAGAUGACAUUUGACCUCAGCACCCAGAGUAAGGAAUUAUAUCUCAGAGUCUGGCAGAUAAAGGAAGGUGAACACAAUGUUCUGCUUGGACAAACAACUGUACAUCUGAAAUCACCUUUUAGAGAUCUGACUGGAAAGCACCUGUACCCUCUGAGCUCAAGUGCUGGACUGUCUGUAACGGGCACUCCUGCCAUCUUCGUAGAGUUUCUGGUGGCUGAACUUUCCUUGCCUAGAGCAGCAUUGGCAGCAACAACUCCUAGAACUAACAUCACACCCACCAAGAAGGUGGAGAUGGAUCGUACUGUGAUGCCAGAUGGCACCAUAGUUACCACAGUAACCACCAUUCAGUCACGACUGCGGUUAGAUGGCAAGAUCGAUUCUCCUUCUAGGUCACCAUCAAAAGUUGAAGUGACGGAGAACAAAGCAAUUUUCAUGCCGCUGAGCUGCUCUUCUGGCUCUUCCCCUAAUGGCAGUGGAGGUUCCCCUGUUUCCCUUAGGCUGGACCCAGUAGCUGAGACAGCCAUUAGGCAGCUAACGGAACCAGGCAACAAGCCAGCCAAAAAAACCCCCACUAAACGCAGCACUCUGAUAAUUUCAGGAGUUUCCAAGGUUCCCAUUGGCCAAGAUGAGAUGGCACUAUCUCUUGGAUAUGCAGCCUCCAUGGAUGCCUCAUUACAAGGUCUAGCACAUGGAGAAGAUCUUCCACUACCAGAUCUUUCUUUGGACCCUAUACCUAAUGAGGUGACUCCUCCCCAAGGGCCAGACACUGAUGACACAACAAAAUCUGAUAUCUCGGAUAAACCUUCGGUGGAUGACUUGGAGUCUGAAACUGGCUCCACAGGGACUCUAGAGACUCGGAGCUUAAAGGAACAUAAAGUGGGAUUCCUACGUAGUGGCACCAAACUCCUCUUUCGCCGACGUCAUCGGGAGCCAGGCUUAAGCCAAUCACAUGAUAACCUGACAGACUCUGCUUCUGCCUCUCGCAAAAAGAGUGGAAGCUUCUCCAAACGCUUGCUGAAACGUUUCUCUAUAAAGACCAAGACUAAGCCUAGCAUCAAUGGCAGCACUCCAGGGGCAGAGAAGUAAUAAAGAACCGCUGACUUUAAGAACACCUAUCUACCUCUGACCCUGCAUGCCCUGUGCAAAGCUGCUAAUGUGAUUUUUGGAAUGAGGCUGAUGUUUCCUGCCAGGCAGUGACAUGGAUAGGUGAUAAUUGAAUGGGGCUAACGCUAAACAGUGUGUGAGUGAAAGAAUAGAGGCAUUUUGUUAUAAGUCGACAAGAUAAAUUAGAUUUUAAUGUGGAAAUGCAUGUAAAACAGAUUGCCUAUGAGUGAGUGUGAUUUUUCCAGUGACUUAAUUUACUGGACUAAGAGACUUUCUGGAGGAACUCCAUACUCAUCCCUAGGCCCCUCAUACUCUCAAAAGAGACUUUACAGAGACAGAAACUUUCAUAUUCUCUGGCUGCAGGUCAACAUUUUGUACAUCUGUCUUCUGCAAAGAAAAGAAAGAUGUCCUUACUGAAAGUAUAAAUAAGAAUGAAUGAAGAAUAAAACCCAUAGAGGGCUGUAGAUAUCACAGCAUAUACCAGUGCUAUGCAGUUCCUUCUUUAAAGCAAACUAGCAAUACCAGGCCCGAUGUUUUUCCUGAGAAGGUUUCUUACUGGGUCUAAAAAAUCUAUAGUUGGUGGUAUAAUUUAUCUGUAGAAUGGAACUGUAUUUUAUGCUGUCGGCUUCUAUGGACCUUUAUAUUUUGAAACUAUGAAGUCAUUGAAAAAAUGUGCUUCUUGGAGAGUUAUGUUGUUUCUCUGCUGGUAGAGAUUACAUAAGUGCAAUGUAAUAAAUGUGCGACUAAUGCCUGCAGCAGUAAUAAUAAUGUUAACGUCAUGUGAUGCCUCGGUGCAGCCUGUGGCAUCACACAGUAUAAGACUGAUGUGAUUCUUACUAUGCUUUCCAGGUCUGUAUAUUUGUAAAUUACCCUCUAUUUAUAUACCCGAAGCUUUGCCAUAUGACCCUUGUUUACAGACAACACAAGAGUGAACACAAAAGUGAUUGGAAACCCUUAUGUUAAAAGGGAAGUUAACCUUAUUCUAAGACUGUUCUUCAACUCUCCAGUGAUUACUCUCUUCACUGCAAUCUGAAUGCUAAGGUGACUGACCUUUUCAACCAGUUGUGACUAGAAUAGAAGGACAAAAGGAAUAAUACCAAUGCAAUCAAGCCUCUAUUGCAUUGACAAGUGAGGUUCGAGAUACAAAAAGCUGGCUUUAAGGUGACUUUCCCAUAUCCCUGUACUUACAGUAAUCGAAAGGCUCUCUUGUGAGAUUAAAAAUAAAAGGGGUAAGAGUGAAGUAAUUUAUUGUGCAAGUAAAAUGGUGUGAUGAAAACGGUUUAAGUUAUUAAAAUACAAACAUGAACUGUG